CCGUCAUAAAUGAAAAUAACUAAUAAUUCAAAGCAGACUCAGAGCUCAUCUAGCUGAAGUCUUAAAAUAUUUUACGCAGGCUUUCAUUAAACAAGUGCUCCCAGUAGCCCCAUUUGUUAACGUUUUAAUUAGCUGGCUAAUGAUGAUACAAAGCCCCUUUCCCAUCGAACCAAUAAUCCUUCUUCACCUAAAAGAAGAAGGAUAGUCCUGUAUCACUCCCAAAAGGCAGCACGUAUCGCAGCCGCCUUUUUAGCCAAGUCAACUCGAGUGAAACGUUUAGGCCACGUGCCAAAAAGAAAUUUCUCCUGCGUUUCCUCGGGGUACGAGCCACCUUAAAAGUGUCGCCAUUCAGCUUUAUUUGUCGAACGUGACCAGCCAACGACUUGCUGAAGUAUAGAUAUAUUUAAAAUCUGAACAAAUACAUGUUUAUUUAGAUACAUUUGGGUGGGCCACACACGAAGCUACGAAACGAUUUAACAAAACUUGAAACGUCGACAUCCGUGUUGUGUUAAAAACAAAUCGCUCCACGAAACAUAAACAAUAACAAUAAAGGAGCGCACAAAAAACGGAAAGCCAUUUGGCAUUGAUGGAUUUUUGAUAAAUGGACUGGCAUUAUGACAAAUAUGCAAAAAAAAUCCAAUGACAAACUGACCAACCGAAGAGCCACACGAAAGGCGAUAAAAUCCGAAUCAAAUAACGCCAAACAAUGUCAGUCAAAAUGAGUGGAGAGGGCUUGUGUUCCAUACAGAAGCGACAGGCAGCAGACGAGCGAGCCAAAUAAUUGACAGAAGCGGGAAAAAACUGCAAUUAGAGCCAGGACUGGGUACACUAUAAAAACGCGAAAGUAUUUACUGAAAUUCACCCCCACAUUUUUUGCACAGUAAAAUCGCAUAAAACACAAUAUGCCAACCGAACAAGAAAAAGUGUCAUCAAAAUAUUCAUUAUUGUGAGAUAAAAAUUUUAAAAACGAAAGCUGAUUCUGUUUUUGUUACAAAUGUCCAAAAAUAUGCAGAGAAAUUAUAAUAAUUCAGAGAAGCUUCAUUUUUUGUUAAAGUGAACUUACAAUUUAUAUUCUACAAUGCACUUCCUCUUUAACUGAAUUAUUUUGGUUGCACAACACUGCGAAUGCGCAAUAUCAUUGCCAAUCAUUGUUUUGCCUGAGUUAACUUUAACUAUUUCACGAUUCAAUUUUCAUUUGUGCAACUGCAUCCAUUGAUUUAUUUUCACCCAGAAAGACAGCAUAAAAUUCAAUAACGAAGGAUAAAGUGAUUUAAAGUGAGUUUUAAUUGUGAAAAAUGAAUAUAAAAUCUUAAACAAAUUGAAAUACAAAUACAAAUACAACUGGCGUACGUCGACAAGGCAAAAUUUGUUCCCACGGUUUCGUAAAAUGCAUUUCGCGAUAUAAAUAAUUCCACCGAUUUAUAAAGAGCGUGUCUAUCGAAAUCUGAAUCUGAAUCGUUUAUAAUGGGCGACACUUUGGACGAAUCGCCGCCCACGCGACGCGACAAACCACAAACAUUGAACAUUGGCCAGGAGGAGGGGGAUGGUACCGCUACCGCUCCCCUUUCCACAUCCGCUGCAUCCCCCGCUUCCUCCAUUCCGAUUCCCGCUUCCCGAGUACCGCGCACCCGGUUGCGCCACGUGGACCGCGAUCAGAAGCGCGAUCACUCCAGCGACGGCCUGGUCUCCAGUGGCGAACGGCGGGAUGAGUUCGUGGGGCUGGAUCCCCAGCCGCGGCGCGAGAGUCUGAAUAGUUGCGAGGCCGGCAGUCCGGGGACCAUGUCCUCCAGUCUCGGCAAGGCGGGCGGCAGGAUGAACAGCUCCAGGUACCCGUCCGGCGGCGCCGGCGGCAUCGGCGUCAGUGUCUUGGGCGGACUGGUGGGCACCACCACCAGGAAGUGCGUCCUCACGCUGGACGGGUACUCCUACGUCAUAGUUGCCAGCACGCCGGAGAGUUUGCCGAGCAAGCGGGACGAGGCGAGCGGAGGAGCAGGAGCAGCGGGCACCGCCGGCGGCACAAGUGGCGCGGCUUCGAGCAGCAGUGGUGGUGGUGCGGCAUCGAGUGGUGCAGCGAGCGGGUCGGCGGGACCUGCAACUGGAACAGCAUCCGGGACAGGAGGAGCAGGUGGUGUCAGCACGCCGGCACAGGAAGCCGUCAGUCCCACGGUCGCCGAGUUCAGUGGCAGUGGCACAAAUGCGACAAUAAACGGUCAAGUGGCAAGACACGGCUCACUGACGAUUAUCCGACGCACGAACAGCCGCAACUUCACCCAAAUCGACAGCCAGCUGGCAUCGCCCUCGACCACCGCCUGCAGCUCCACAGUUCCGGGAAGCGGCUUUGCCCAGACUCCGCUGAGCGAUCCCCUUGCGGAGCGCCUGAGUUUCCGCUCCGGCAGCAACGGAUCCGCCGCCUCCGCCGGCGACAGACGAUCGAGCAAUCAGGGCUUGAGCUCCGGACCAUCCGGACCAUCCGCCAACGCCACCUCCAACGCCAACGCCGCCGCCGUUGCAGUUGCAGUUGCAGCCGGAAAAAUGCAACCGUCGUCGCCGAACGCCACCAACUAUCUAGCCGACAACAUUCACGUCUCGUCGGCCAAUCUGUCGCAGACCGAAAUGGUACCCGGUCGCGAAUCGGCGGAAUACACCGUCGGCCACUCGAUAAACGUCGCCGGGACCAACUCGUUCCUGCGGGGGGACAGCGACAUUCCGCAGGAGUCGGGACACUCCUUCGAAUCGCCCUCGAAUACCUCGUUCGCCGCCGGGCAGUGGGACACCGAGAGUUUGCCGCCAGUCGACACGCCAGAUGCCCUUAACAAAGCGGCCGGGAGAAUACGCAGUCUUCUCCGCCGCAUGGACCAUGAGACCGUUGCCUACGAGGACAUGCAGCGCAAUCUGCAUUAUGCGGCUCGAGUGCUCGAGGCCGUCUUCAUUGACGAAUCAAGGGAGGGCUGCAACGGCAACUGCAAGAACCUGAACUGCAGUCGCCACAGCCACAGCCACGGACGCGAUGACCAGCAGCAGGACAACAACAACUCGAACAGCAGCUGCAGCCUGCAGGAGACGACGGCGGUGGCGGCGUCAGCUGGGGCAUGGAGCGUCGGGGGCGACAACCAGGACAGCAUAGAGGGUCGCACCAAGGGCGUCUCGCUGGCCCCACAGACCCACGGCGGACCCACUGGGCCGCCGGCCUCGACGGACAGCAGCUCCACCAACCCACCUGCCACAGUGCCCGCCCCACAGAAGCUGCAGCCCGCCCUGGAAACCGUGAGGGAGUCGGUGAUGGAGGAGGGUCCUGCCAAGGACCCCGGCGACAAGGGAGCUGCCCCGGCCAACACAGAGCCAAGUGCCAAGGCGGCGGAGAGUGCGGUCAGCGGCGGCAGCGGUGGCAGUUGCAGUAACCCAGCCACCGUGCACCGGCAACGGCGCCUAAGGACUCCUACCUGGGCACGGUCCAUGUCGACGAACAAAACGCGCCUGGCGGACGAGGACGAUGAGCUCUCGGAGGUGCAACCGGAUGCUGUGCCGCCGGAGGUGCGCGAAUGGCUGGCCUCGACCUUCACCCGCCAAAUGGCCACCAGCCGGCGCAAGAGCGACGAGAAGCCCAAGUUCCGCUCGGUGGCCCACGCCAUCCGCGCCGGCAUCUUCGUCGACCGCAUGUACCGCCGCGUCUCCAGCUCGGCCCUCACGGCCUUCCCACCGGACGUGGUCAGGCUGCUCAAGAACCUGGACGACUGGACGUUCGACGUGUUCGCGCUGACGGAGGCGGCCAGCGGGCAGGUGGUGAAGUACGUGGCGUACGAGCUGUUCAACCGCUACGGCUCGAUCCACAAGUUCAAGAUAGCGCCGGGCAUCCUGGAGGCGUUCCUGCACCGCGUGGAGGAGGGUUACUGCCGGUACCGAAACCCGUACCACAACAACCUGCACGCCGUUGACGUGAUGCAGACGAUCCACUACUGCCUGUGCAACACGGGCCUCAUGAACUGGCUGACGGACCUCGAGAUCUUCGCCUCGCUGCUGGCGGCCCUGCUGCACGACUACGAGCACACGGGCACCACCAACAACUUCCACGUGAUGUCCGGAUCGGAGACGGCGCUCCUCUACAACGACCGCGCCGUUCUGGAGAACCACCAUGCGAGUGCCAGCUUCCGCUUGCUGCGCGAGGACGAGUACAACAUCCUGUCGCACCUGUCGCGCGAGGAGUUCCGCGAGCUGCGCGGCCUCGUCAUCGAAAUGGUCCUGGGAACGGACAUGACCAACCACUUCCAGCAGAUGAAGGCCAUGCGACAGCUGCUGACGCUCCAGGAGGCGACGAUCGACAAGCAGAAGGUGCUCUCGCUGGUCCUCCACUGCUGCGACAUCUCGCAUCCGGCGAAGCAGUGGGGCGUCCACCACCGCUGGACGAUGCUCCUGCUGGAGGAGUUCUUCCGCCAGGGCGACCUCGAGAAGGAGCUGGGCCUGCCGUUCAGCCCGCUCUGCGACCGGAACAACACGCUGGUCGCCGAGUCGCAGAUCUGCUUCAUCGACUUCAUCGUGGAGCCCAGCAUGGGCGUCAUGUCCGACAUGCUCGAGCUCAUCCUCGCCCCCAUCGCGCCGAUGAACAAGGGCAAGCCCUCCACCCUGGUGGAGCACGAGGCCUCCUCCACGAUGGUCAUCCCGCCCUCGGGCAUCACGCCCAGCAUGGACAAGCCGCGCGACCGCACCGAGGCCAAGGCCGCCGCCGAGUGCCUCUCCCGCAAGAGCGUCACCACCACCCCCGGGUCAAAGUUCAACAUACCCAAGCCCUGGCUCACCUGCCUGGUCGAGAACAAGCGCAUCUGGAAGGAGCAGGCCGUCAAAGAUGCCGAGGCGCGAGCGUUGGCCACCGCAGCGGAGGAAGCUGCAGCCGCGGCGGCAGCGGAGGCGGAAGAGGGGGAGAACAAGCCGAGUGCGGCGGAAACGGAAACGGCAGAUGGCGAGGCAACUAAGGCAACGGCUGAGCCGGCAGAUGGCGCUGCCGAGUAAAUUGGCCACAGCGCCACCUGCCGCCUGCGACAGCAACCUGAGACGGAAACGGAAGAACAGAAUUCAAAAUACAGAGGGAAACUUGGGAACGAAUUCGGAUUGUUACACUGAAAAAAACUGAGGGACGGCUCCAAGGAUAACGUUUACUAAGCUUAGAAGCAGCCUAGAUUAUUAUUAACAAACCGCUUAAGAUGCGCUCUCUAUGUGAAUUGUGGUAGAGUUAGACUUACGUACAUCAUCUAUAUAGGCUUAGUUGCGGAUCAGUAAUAUCGAUAUAUAUGUAUAAAUACUGUAUACUUUGUUGUUGCAAGCGGAAAACAAAACAGAAGAAAACUUAAGAAAAUACUAGGGCCAAGCACAAAACAAACAGAAAAAACAAAACGAUUAGAUGUAAAUAGCGAAGAGUUCAACUGAAAUUUGUUGUGAAUUUGUUGGUUCGUUGCGAGCAUUUAUACGUAGACUUGAGUUGUACUUGUCUUUUAUUAGUUUUAGUCAAACGUGGAAUUUACUAUAUGAUUUCUAUAAGUUCGAUGUAUUCGAUUUCGCUCUAAUUAAAUACAUAUAUUUUUGUAAUCGUUU